AGGGUGGGAACUUAGCGCAACACCAGAGACCAGGGGUUCUCCGCUGUGCUCCCACAUGCUGCCCACAGGUGCCACUGAGGUCUAUUGCAGAAAGGUAAACAGAAUCACAUUUUAGAAGCUACAGAGAAGUCCUAAGUGGACUGACUGAAGCCCUGGACAAGGCCAAAAUCUCUCAGGAGAGACUGUAAGGCCCAAUGUGGACAUUCUCAGCCUUAGGAUGUGGAAAUUAGCCAGAACUCACAGCAUGCCGUGGAGGUUGCUGACAGGAUACCAACUCUGCAGACUGUGUCUUUUCAGAAAGCCGCAACCAGCUCUGAAAAUCAACUCUUCAGCACGUGUCACCUAUGGAACGGACAGCCAGUCAAAUCAAGAAAAUAAGAAAACAGUGGAAAAGCUCCGUGCAUGUUCAGUUGACCUUAGGAAAAUCCGCAGGCUGAAAGCAUGGGUGCUUCUGGAGGAGGAAACCUACGUUGAAGAGAUUGCAAAUAUUUUGAAAGAACUAGGUGCCAACAAAACUGUGAUAGCCAGUAUUUUAGAACGCUGUCCGGAAGCGAUUGUCUGCAGUCCUGCUGCUGUUAACACCAAAAUGAAACUCUGGCAGAUGGUCUGCAAAAACCAGGCAGAGUUAAUCCAGUUAAUAGAACAGUUUCCAGAGUCUUUCUUUACUGUCAAGGACCAGGAGAACCAGAAGCUAAAUGUUCAGUUCUUUCAAGAGCUGGGACUCAAGAAUGUGGUGAUUAGCAGGUUUCUGACAACAGCCUCUAGCAUUUUCCAUAAUCCUGUAGAGAACAAUAAACAAAUGAUAGGGGUUCUACAGCAGAGCUACCUAAACUUAGGUGGCUCAGAGGCCAAUGCUAAAGUAUGGCUACUAAAAUUAUUAAGCCAAAAUCCGUUCAUUGUGUUAAAUUCUCCUACAGCUGUAGAUGAAAUACUGACAUUUCUUCAAGGACAAGGCUUCACAGACUCCGAAGUUCUUCAGCUUCUGUCCAAACUUAAAGGGUUUCUUUUUCAACUUCAGCCAGGAAGUAUCCAGAACAGUAUCUCCUUCACUAAAGCUGCUUUUGAGUGUACAGACCACGACCUGCGACAGUUAGUUGUGAAAUGCCCUGCCCUUCUGUAUUAUCCUGCUCCUGUUCUAGAAGAGAGGAUCCAGGCACUGCUGAAAGAAGGUAUCUCCAUAGCUCAAAUAAGAGAGUCACCAAUGGUUCUUGAAUUGACACCACAGAUAAUUCAAUAUAGGAUAAGAAAGCUGAAUUCUUUAGGCUGCGGAAUAAAGGAUGGACAUCUAGCAAGUCUAAAUGGAACAAAAAAGGAGUUUGAGGCUAACUUUAGCAAAAUGCAAGCCAAACAAGGAAGGCCAUUAUUUAACCCUGUGGCAUCACUAAAGGUUGAAGAGUGAGAGGGCAAAGUGACCAAUUCACAAAGACUUAAGCAAUUCAGCUUAUAAGCACUAAUGAUUCUCAGGACCUACAGAGAGUCUGAGUUGUGUUCAAGUUACCUCAUAACUGAUGGUUUCUGACUCAUUUGCUGUAUUCUAAAAUAAAUUGUGAUUAAAUAAAACCAGUAACUUUGAUCUUGGAA